AUGGAUGCCGGUCUCGUCAGCGACACCCAGCCCAGCGACUCCGAGCUUUCAGAGAUGCGUCCGCCGCUGAAGCGCGCGCGCUCGUCCUACGAGAAGAAUGGCCAGGUCAAGAAUGUUGACAGUGGGAGUGAAGAAGCCAACCUCCGAGCCUUGAGCGAUCCAUUGGACUACCCUCGUCGCCGCGCCACCAUUGCCUGCGAGAUCUGUAGGAGCAGGAAGUCGCGCUGCGAUGGCGCCAGGCCCAAGUGUCGAUUGUGCUCCGAGCUGAAUGCGGACUGCGUAUACCGGGAGCCCGGGAUCAAGCUGGAUGCUGGUGAUAAGUUGAUCUUGGAGCAGUUGUCGAGGAUCGAAGUGUUACUGCAGUCGAACAUGACUACACCGACGAGUGGUGGAGGAUUACUGGCAGGCCCCAUCUCUCCUGCUACAAGCAAUACGGCCUCCACCGGCACGGAAGAGCAUGGUGGUGGACUCAAGCGUUUGAGCACAACGAGCGCUGGACCUCAGAGCGCGCAGCCACUCCCUCUAAAUGGGUUCGGGACGUGGUCGGCAAACAUCUCAACCAUGCCAAAGAGCCAUACUACGCCAGCACUACAUCUCCUACAAUGGCCGGUCAUUAAGGACCUCAUCUCCCGACCUUGCGAUCCGCAAGUCUUGAUGCAACUAGAAAUGUCAAGACCGCCUCUAGACUUCGGCAUCCACUACUCCCUCGACCUCUCCAACGUCACACCCUACGUCCACGCCUUCUUCGACCACGUCAACGGCUGGUACGCCGUCGUCGACCCCAACGUCUGGCACACCCACUACCGCACCGCCAUGUCCCAAGGCUUCCGCACCGGCCCGGAGAGCUGCAUCUGCCUGCUCGUCCUCGCCCUCGGCCAAGCCGCGCACUACGGCCAGUCCAUCUCCCGCGUCCCACAAGGCCAGCUCGCCCCGGGCAUGUCCUACUUCGCCGCCGCCUGGACGCUCCUCCCCAACCUCAUCACCCGCAACGACAUCCUCUCCGCCCAAUGCCACAUCCUCGCCGCCGCCUACAUGAUGUACCUCGUCCGUCCGCUCGAGGCCUGGAACCUCCUCUACAACUCCUCCAUGAAACUUCAACUCCUCCUCUCCUCCGCCGAAAACAUUCCCGCCCCGCACAAAGAGCUCUCGGAGCGCGUCUACUGGAACGCCCUGAUGAUCGAAUCCGACCUGCUCGCCGAGCUCGACCUCCCCCACUCCGGCGUCGUGCAAUUCGAAGAAUCCAUGCGCCUGCCCCGCUCCUUCCCCUACGACCCGGCGUCCAGCAACGGCACCGACUCCCCACCCGGCAACGACGACCUCUGGUACUUCCUCGCCGAAAUCGCGCUCCGCCGCCUCCUCAACCGCGUCUCCCACCUCAUCUACUCCUACACCCACCGCGCCAGCAACUCCUUCUCCAUCGCCGCCCUCGAACCCGUCGUCGCCGAGCUCGACUACCAGCUCAACCAAUGGUACGAAUCCCUGCCCCUCCCCGUCAAAUUCCCGCGCGAGCGCGUCCCCGCCGCCACACAAAUCCAAACCGUCCUGCGCCUCCGCUACUACGCGUGUCGCACCAUCAUCUUCCGCCCGUACAUCCAAGCCGUGCUCGCCGACGAGAAUGUCGCCUCCGAACCCGGCGUGCAGGAGGCCUGCAGCAAAUGCCUCGACGCCUGUAUUCGUCAGCUCGAGUAUUUACCCGAACACCACCAAGGCCACCUCCCGUAUCUCUGGCAAGGUGCUUUGUCGAUUAUGAGUCAAAGUCUGCUCGUGAUGAGCGCGACGGUGAACCAGACGCUCGCGGCGCUGAUGCCGGGGAAGCGGGAGAUGGACGCGGUGAUUGCGGAGGUGGUGGGGGAGUUGGAGAGACUGGCGCAUUUGGCGCCGAGUAUAAGGCUUUGUGCGGAGAUGGUCAGGGAGGCGGAGGAGAGGCGGCAUGGGAUGAUUGAGCGGAGGGGGAUGGGGAUGAGAUGA